CGCGGGCCUCGACCCGCGCCUGGCGCCUGCGGCCCCGAGCGCGGGACACCCCCCCCUCCCCUCACACACACGCCCCGUCCCAAGAUGGAGGGCUGGCGAGGAGCUUGGUAUGUGCCAUGUCUAGCUUCACUUGAGACCCUUCAAGAAUUAUGUAGGAAGGAAAAUCUCAGAUGUAAAUCCAUUGGAAUCACCAACAGGAAUCUAAAGAGUUAUGAGGUGGAAUAUUUGUGUGACUACAAGGUAGAAGAGGGCACAGAAUACUAUCUUGUGAAAUGGAAAGGAUGGCCAGAAUCUUCAAAUACUUGGGAACCUCAGAAAAAUCUGAAAUGCCCAUUACUUCUUCAAAACUUUCUUAGUGACAAGAAUGAAUACUUGUCUCGGGUGAGAGAAGGCAAAGCACUGAAAGUGAGAAACCAUGUUAAAGCUUUGAAACCUGCGGUUGCAGAUUACAUUGUAAAGAAGGCUAAGCAAAGAAUAGCUCUGCAGAGAUGGAAAGAAGAACUCAACAGGAAAAAGAAUCAUAAAGCAAUGAUUCUGGUAGAAAACACUGUGGAUCUCGAAGGCCCUCCUUUAGACUUCUACUACAUUAACGAGUAUAAACCUGCUCCGGGAAUAAAUGUAAUAAACGGAAUAACGACUGGCUGUGAAUGCACUGACUGCCCUGCUGAGAAGUGCUGUCCAAAGGAGGCUGGAUUUAUUUUGGCUUACAAUAAACAAAAGAAGUUGAAAAUCCAGCCCGGCUUGCCCAUCUAUGAAUGCAAUUCAUUUUGUAGGUGUGGGCCUGACUGCCCUAAUAGGAUAGUACAGAAAGGUACACCGUAUUCUCUUUGCAUCUUCAGAACUAACAAUGGCCGUGGUUGGGGAGUGAAAACCCUCCAGACAAUUAAAACCAACAGUUUUGUGAUGGAGUAUGUCGGAGAGGUGAUUACAAGUGAGGAAGCAGAGAGACGAGGCCAGCUCUAUGACAACCAGGGAAAUACAUACUUGUUUGAUUUGGACUAUGAUUCAGAUGAAUUUACAGUAGAUGCAGCUCGAUAUGGAAAUGUAUCCCACUUUGUGAAUCACAGCUGUGAUCCAAAUCUUCAAGUCUUCAAUGUGUUUAUUGAUAACCUCGACUUGCGUCUUCCUCGAAUAGCACUGUUUUCUACACGAACCAUCAAGGCUGGAGAAGAGCUAACCUUUGACUAUCAGAUGAAAGGUUCAAUAGAUCUGACUUCAGACUCUGCUGAUGGUCUUAGCCCAUCCAGAAAGAGGAUCAGAACUGUCUGUAAAUGUGGAGCUGUGUGUUGCAGAGGUUAUCUCAACUGAGUUCGGGUAUCCAAAGUCACAAAUAUUUUGUUCUCUUUUAAAUGUGUUUUAAGAAGACUCUUCUUUCACACAUAUAUUCAAGUAUUCUUGCAUCUAAUGUAAAUAAGUACCGUGAAAACAAGGCAUUACGUUUGUAAUUGAAAUGGCAUUGGCCAAAGAAAGAGAUGUAGUGUUUCAGGCAAAUACAGAACUGAUAACGGGGACUAAAAAUUGAUUUUUCUAGAACUGUUAUUUACGAAGCAGUGAAAUGUAUGCUAAGAACACUCUUUAAAAUGUACCUUGAUUUGAAUAUUCCAGUGUGAGCUUACAGCCAUAUGCCUUUUAGGAGCUGAUUUCAGUGGGAUGAAGUGAUGUUGAGUAUCUUCUGUACCUUGAAAAGUCUGGAGGCAUUUGAUUUGAAUCCUAAGUCAUAGCUGACAGUUCUUUUGCUUUUUGUUGUAUAAAGAAAAGCUUUGCGAGAUUAGCAAUAACAUUUAUGGCACCAGGGUGAAGGAUUAAGGACAACCAUCAGACUGUGUCUAAAUGAAGGUUCACAGGAAUGCAAGUUGUAAAAUGUCCAUUAACUCCAUGCAAGUAAAGUAAUUGGUUUUAGCAGAUUCCAGAUGUAAGAUCAAGGUCUCGGAAUGUUUUUAGCUGAUGUUACAUUAUUUAGAAGUUUUACAUAUAGAAGUGUUUUCAAUUGUUAUGUUCUGAUUUUUAGUUAGGAUGCUACAGGAGGUCUGCAGUUCUACAGAGAAUUUGUAAAUACUGGAUUAUUGGUAGUAACAUACGCUGUUUGUUCUCAUUGCAGAAAUUUGGCAGUCAUUGCUGAAACAAAUUACUGGCUACAGUUUGGAAAUAGAUAACAAAAGAAUAGGGAGAGCAGCCCAUUGUCUAACAAAGCUGAUGCAUUACGGAGAUACGCUCAGUUAUCUGUUAGGUGCAAAAAUACCUUGGGAAUUGAUUUGUAUUCACAACUGGUUUUAAGUUGUUACAUACUGUGACUUUUUUUAUCUAGUGACAGACUUUUAAGAUACUAGGCCUGUUUUUUCUUGUUGCAAAAAUGUUAACUUCAGUGAAGUUAGACUAGGGGUGAGUUUACCCAUUUGCUGUAGACAUUUGUAAGAUGUUCUUGAAUGUAAAGGCUGAGAAAUGUAUUGUUCUUCAGCUGCUUGAGUCGUCUUUUUUUUUUUUCCUGAUCAUCUUAAAGUUGUCUCGAUCUAUUCAUAAUGUAUGCUAAGUUUUGCUUGGCUUCAGAAGCACUGAAGAGCAGUUGAGGUAGGUUAUGAGUGGAGUUACAGCUGAGGUCCGUGCUCCAGGGAUGAUCUAAGUGCUUUAUUCUCGUGGAUUAAAAGCUUGUAAAACUUGCAUAUUGCUUACAAAUCAUGUAAAUGUUGACAGGGUCAGGCAGAAUAAUGUUGCUCCAUAAAUGGAUGCUUCAUCAAUGGAUGCUAGCUAUGUAUCAUAGGUCAGCUAGUUACCUUUAUAAGGUGCACAGCUGUUGGCUCAGGUGAAUGAAGUCAAGUACCCAGCAUAUAACCGUUUACUUAAUUUGUUAGAAAAUGCCUUAAAUUUCAUGUUGAUAGCUAGCACUCCAAGAAGAGUGUUUCAAAGGAUAAUACAGGUUGUUUGUUCAUUAAGCACAGAUGCAUUUGCACUGAAGAUCUGGCUCUUUGGCAGAAAGUGAAAUUUUAUAUGCUACUAGCCAAAAUCAGUUUCACAGUUGGGGUGAAGAGUGUGGGCCACUGAAAGUGCUGUGUUAAGUUUUGUAAUCUACAAUACAAAGAGAUACCUGUUGAAAUAGAUACUUUGUAUUGUUUAAUGAAUAGGAGAAAGUUUGCUUAGAUUUAAAAGUAUUUAACAUUACCUGGCUCACCUGUAUCCACACACUUGGAUAAAUGCUGAAUCUAGUCAAUUUUUAUCAUGCCACAUCUCUAAUGAUUUUUUUUUUAUAUAUAUAUUUACAGUUUUGAAGUAAAAUGUGGAGCUUUAAUGUUAGCAAACUCUAGAUGAUCUUACAUCAUUUGGAGUCAUUAGUGCUUUCUCUUGCAUGUAGCCCGAUUCAGCGAUGCAUUCCACGUGGAUGGAAUCUGCAGUCUCCAUCUCCUUAAUCCGCUGCAGUCUGCAGCCUUCCCUGUCGGUACAGGAUGGCGAGAGUGGCUGCGGCAAGAAAUGGAUUCCUUACCAAAUCGGUUUCUCUGGCCUCUCCUGUGCAAGAUGACACAGGGCUGGUUCAACACUCUUUGUCUAUCUAUGUCCAUGCCCAGUUUGAUUUAAACAUCGCGAGUAAAUGCAUUUUAAAAGAUAAAAGUCUUAGUCGUUGUACUUGAGUUCAGCGUCUGCCUUUUUCCCAAGGCAGUUUAUGUUACCACCAGCACUGCAAUAACACUGCUGUUCUUUAAGGAUAUGUGUGUUACCUCUUGUGUGAUAAAUAAAGGACCGUUAAUUUAUGUUCUGAGAGGUAACAGUAUUUUGUAUUUAUUUGAAGCAAACCCAUGUAUCCAGUUUCCAAUUUAGAGCCUUGAACAGUAUUUUAAAUUUACAUAUUCACAGUGCAUUUGGAUUGCAGUCAGUGAAUUAGCUUAAUGGGACACUGUGUCACUUCUAAAACUCGUUUUGCUGUUUUUAUGAGUUCGGGGGAAAAUUGCCAAAUUGCAAAAAGAGAAAAAGCUAUUUUCAGUUUCUUAAGGAGGCUAAACCAGCCUAGCUUCUGCCUUUGUUUUGCCUUGUGGUCCGUUAGCAUCAUCAUGGCCACCAGUUCAGUUGUGUAUAUGCACUUCUUAAGAGACUGGUAACCUGUGAUCUACCCUCUAGCUGUUCUUUUUUGUUGGGUUUAAUUUUUUUUUUUUUUUGUAGCAAAACUAAAGCUGCACGAUCACCUGUAAGAAAAGCUAUUGUCUAUUUAUUUAAUCUCAAAGUUAAGUCAAUCUUUUGGUUAUUUCUAAUGUAUGUUUUAGGACUGUGUACAUUAGAAUAUGCAGUUUGUAAGCUCAGGAAUAUUUUCUUUUCAUAAUGUGUGAUCUCCAGUAUUCCUAUCUUCCUAUAGUUUUUGAUAAAAUAAAUUAAAUUUAGUUUU